AUGAGAGGGCUGUUUAAGAUGGAGUGUGUCCUGUGUCCACUGCUCUCAGCUCUGCUUGUGCUGCUGAGUUCUUCUCCAGAGUGUAACGGACAAGACACAGUGAAGCAGGCAGCAGGAGAGGACCGAAAAGAUGGUGAUUCUCCAAAGUACAUGAUGGUGUUAAUAAGAGGAGGUGGCAGUUUCCACUCCACAGAGUUUGAUGGAUCCAAGUUUGGUGCUGAGCUCGUGGGGAACUCUUUUUCUCUGAAGAUGGAGGCUGUGGAUGUGACUGACUCUGCUGUGUACUACUGUGCUCUGCAGCCCACACUGACAGGAAACACCAACACUCUGGACAAAAACCUCUGCAGCAAAGACAACACAAUAGUGCAGUGUCUCCACUAG